UGGAAAAUGUACAGCAGAAGGAAAUCUUCAAAGAGAACGAGAAGAUGGCACAACAGAGAGAAGAGCCAUGCCCUGCUGAUUCGGUAGAAUCUCUGAUGGCAGAAAUGCCAUUCGUUGACACAGAUAUUGAAGAGGAAUUUGUUAUGCAUGCAACCUCUGAAAUAAAUAUAAAAAAGAAAAGGAAGAGGACUGCUGGAAGGGAAAUUGAAGAAGGCAGUGAGAGAAAGAAGAAAAAGAAAAAACAGUAUCAGCCAAAUUAUUUCAUUUCUCUUCCAAUUACUAAUCCAGAGAUUACUGGCAAUAUUCAGGCUGUCCAGGAUGCAAUAAUACAAAAGGAUCAAAGACUUUCCAAAGCAAUGGUUCACUCUGGCUCGUUGCAUGUCACCAUGUUAGUGAUGCAUUUAUCCACUAAAGAAGAAAUUAGCAUAGCAGUUGGUGCUCUUUCAGACAGCAAGGAUUUUGUAGAAGAUCUCCUGAAAGGAAAAACUGUGGAUUUGUCUUUUCAAGGAAUUGAUCACUUCAAAAAUGAAGUUGGAUUUGUGAAGUUGGCAGAAAAUGAUCACACAGCUAUACUUACAGAAAUAGCAGAGACUAUGAAGAAGAUAUUUCAAGAAAAGGGCAUCUCGGCAGGAGAAGAAAGAGCUUUUAAACCACAUCUGACCUUCAUGAAGUUGUCAAAAUCAACACAGCUACGUAAGCAGGUGAAAAAAAUUGACUCAAGCUUGUAUGAAGAUUUUAAAAGCCGUUAUUUUGGAGAUGAAAUCCUGCACCGCCUAGAUCUUUGCUCCAUGUUGAAAAAAAAGCAACCGAAUGGUUACUACUACUGUGAGUCCUCUAUUGUUUUCGGUGAAAAACAUGCCGCAGAGCCAGACGAUGCAGAGCUGGUGAGCCUCAGCAAGAGGCUGGUGGAGAACGCGGUGCUGAAGGCUGUACAGCAGUACUUGGAAGAAACGCAAAACAAAACCAGACAGACUGAUGGGAGCCCCGUGAAAACUGAAGAAGCAGCAAGCGGCAGUAAGCAUGAGAGUGACAACGAUAGCAGCAAGUGA